AUGGCCCCGAGGCCCGCAGCCCCGCCGCCCGCGCCCCCGCCGCCGCCCCCGGCCGCGCCGCCGCCGCCCGGCGCCUCCGCUAAGGGCCCGCCGGCGCGCAAGCUGCUGUUCAUGUGCACCGUGUCCCUGUCCGUCACCUACCUGUGCUACAGCCUCCUGGGCGGCGCGGGCUCCCUGCAGUUCCCGCUGGCGCUGCAGGAGCCGCCGGGCGCCGCCGCCGCGCCCCCGCCGAGCCCGCCGCCGCCCUCCCCGCCGCCCCCCGCCGCGCGCCCCGGCGCCCCCUCGCCGCCGCCCGCGCCGCCGCCGCCGGACAACGCGAGCCGCGGGGAGCCGCCCGCGCCCCCCGCGCCCCCCGCGCCCCCCGGGCCGCCCGCGCCCGGCCCGGACGGCUGGGGGCUGGCGAGCGGCGGCGGCGCCCGGGACGCCCCCGGAGACAUGGCCAGGGCGCGGGGCGCGCCGCCCGAGAGGGACGCGCCGGAGUCCAGCACCGCCGGCGAGGACCUGGCGGGCCGGAGGGCGGCCAACGCCAGCGGCGAGAGGGGCGCCGCCGCGAGCACCCCCGACUACGGGGAGAAGAAGCUGCCGCAGGCGCUCAUCAUCGGGGUCAAGAAAGGGGGGACCCGCGCGCUGCUGGAGGCCAUCCGCGUGCACCCCGACGUGCGGGCGGUGGGCGUCGAGCCGCACUUCUUCGACAGGAACUACGAGAAGGGGCUGGAGUGGUACAGAAAUGUGAUGCCUAAGACUUUGGAUGGACAGAUAACCAUGGAGAAGACACCCAGUUACUUUGUGACCAAUGAGGCCCCCAGGCGCAUCCACUCCAUGGCCAAGGACAUCAAACUGAUCGUAGUGGUGAGGAACCCCGUGACCAGGGCCAUCUCUGAUUACACACAGACUCUGUCAAAGAAACCUGAGAUCCCCACCUUUGAGGUGCUGGCCUUCAAAAACCGGACCCUCGGGCUUAUUGAUGCCUCCUGGAGUGCCAUUCGAAUAGGGAUCUACGCACUGCACCUGGAAAACUGGCUCCAGUACUUCCCUCUCUCUCAGAUCCUCUUUGUCAGUGGCGAGCGACUCAUCGUGGACCCUGCAGGGGAGAUGGCCAAAGUACAGGAUUUUCUAGGCCUGAAGCGUGUGGUGACUGAGAAGCAUUUCUAUUUCAACAAAACCAAGGGGUUCCCUUGCCUCAAGAAACCAGAAGACAGCAGUGCCCCCAGGUGCUUAGGCAAGAGCAAAGGUCGGACUCAUCCUCGCAUCGACCCGGAUGUGAUCCACAGACUGAGGAAGUUCUACAAACCCUUCAAUAUGAUGUUUUACCAAAUGACUGGCCAAGAUUUCCAGUGGGAACAGGAAGAGGGUGACAAAUGAGGCUAGAGAUGUGAAGGAGAGGCCAGGGGAUAGCUAAGGAGGCUCCUUACCUGAGCCCUGAUGCCCCCAGGGUUUGCAGCCUCCGCUUGCUGGAGGGCCAGGUAGAUCUCUCCCUUUGACCAGUCAGGCUUGCUUCCAGGGCUGUGGGCUUCAGCAAAGGAGUGGAUCCCUUGUGGAGGAACCAGGCCUGCCUGUGCAGCAGCAGCUGGUUGACCAGAUGGCCAUUCACAAGCCACUCCUAAUCCCCGUCUUCUGCUAGUUCAUAGAGUCUGAAGACAGGAUAAAUAGCGGUCAGUGUCAGAGACAGCGCCACGAAUGUUUGUUUAAGGGAUACAAAGAAGGGAAAGUCUACUUUCUGGGGGCUCUGGCUUUGCUUUGGAAAGCACACGUUUGAGCCCAGUGUCUGGCACUGGCUCUUGCUAAAUUAGCCUCGGAUUUGGCAUCUUUCCAGAAUGCUCAUUGUGGCUGAGUGCUUCAGGACUCCUAGGGGGGUAGGUCCUCCCUCUAAGGUGUCUCUAGCCUUCUCCGUCAAGGUCUCAUCCCACAAUUCUUUGCCUUCCUCCCUCCUCAUCCUAGGAAGGCAGAGGCAUGCACGUUUCUCAUCCCCCCACAAAAGACAAAACAUUUGCACCCCUGGAAGCCUUUUUCUAAGAGCCCCCUACAGUCUCUGGUGGGUUGGAUCUCUCUCUUCAUGAGUAUCGUGGGUUGUGGAGGAGCUUGACCCCAAAGGGCUGCUCUAAGCAGUGUGGCUGCAGCCCAGUUCAGAGUCCUGAGGUUGGCGAAGAAGAAUGCCCGGCCUGGAAAGAAAGCCAGUCUUCUUGGUGGGAGGUCUCCAUCCCCGAAGACCAUCUCGCUAGGUGGUGCCGUUAUUCUGAGUCAUGCUUUGGGGGUAAUCUUGGCCCCAUCGGGUCCCCAGAGCGACACAGUCCAGAUUUUUGGCAUGUCUUUUGUUCAGAAUAGCCCUUAGCAAUGAAACCAACAAGGAAUGAGUCACCCUUCUCUUUGCCCCAGCAUCUUUUGCUCACAGUCAUCUCAUGCUCCACUUGCUCUCUUCAGAGGUGCACGCCUUGGGACAGUGACAAAAGGACUGACUCCAGUUGUCAGAUCCAGUUUACGGGGUGGGGGAGGGAAGGGCCGUCUGCAGACACCCCCAUCAAGGGCUGCUGAAUAAAGUGUCCCUUCCCAUUAGUUUGAUUGGAUUAAAAUGCAGCAUUUGACAUAAAGCACUUGUUCACAGAUCUCCCAAACCAGGACCUGUUAUAGUAAAAUUGGAAAUAUGUAUGAGUGGGGGGAGUUAAAUCUGUUCAGCUGUUAUUAAACUGUCAUUUCACCCGCUAAAUGAAAACUGUGU